AUGUCUGCUGAAGAAGAACAACAACAAUUUUCCAGAGUGGACUCUGCUUCCAACUCUGAAAUAUCUACACCAUCCAACAAGGCCGAGAGAGACGACUUGAAAGAUGAAUACAACGAUGAGAAUGCCGAAAACGAGGUCGAGAUCCCAAAGAAACCAGGUUCCGCUUACGUCACCGUCUCUAUCAUGUGUAUCAUGAUUGCUUUUGGUGGGUUCGUGUUCGGUUGGGAUACUGGUACCAUCUCCGGUUUCGUCGCACAGACUGACUUCAUCAGAAGAUUGGGUCAGAGACGUGCUGAUGGAACUCACUACUUGUCCAAGGUCAGAAUCGGUUUAGUCGUCUCCAUUUUCAACAUCGGUUGUGCCAUCGGUGGUAUUAUUUUGUCCAAGGCCGGUGACAUGUACGGUCGUAAGAAGGGUUUGAUUAUUGUCGUCUCUAUUUACAUUGUCGGUAUUGUCAUUCAAAUCGCUACUAUCAACAAAUGGUACCAGUACUUCAUUGGUAGAAUUAUCUCCGGUUUGGGUGUUGGUGGUAUCUCUGUUUUGUCGCCUAUGUUGAUUUCCGAGGUGUCUCCAAAGCAUUUGAGAGGUACUUUGGUGUCGUGUUUCCAAUUGAUGAUCACGUUGGGUAUCUUCUUGGGUUACUGUACGAACUACGGUACGAAGAAAUACUCGAACUCCACCCAAUGGAGAGUCCCACUGGGGUUGUGUUUUGCCUGGGCUCUAUUCAUGAUUGGUGGUAUGACUUUCGUUCCAGAAUCUCCACGUUACCUAUUGGAGAAGAACUUGAUCGAAGAGGCCAAGCACUCCAUCUCCAUCUCCAACAAGGUCUCAAUUGACGAUCCAUCUGUUCAAGCCGAAAUUGACACUCUAAUGGCUGGUGUUGAAGCCGAGAGAUUGGCUGGUACUGCUUCCUGGGGUGAAUUGUUCUCCACCAAGAACAAGAUUUUCCAACGUUUGCUAAUGGGGUGUAUGCUGCAAUCGCUACAGCAAUUGACAGGUGACAACUACUUCUUCUACUACGGUACCAUCGUUUUCAAGGCUGUUGGUUUGGAAGAUUCUUUUCAAACGUCUAUUGUCAUUGGUGUCGUCAACUUUGCCUCCACCUUUGUUGGUAUCUACUUGGUCGAGAGAUUCGGUCGUCGUAGAUGUUUGCUAUGGGGUGCUGGUACUAUGACUGCCUGUAUGGUUAUCUAUGCCUCUGUCGGUGUCACCAGAUUGUACCCACACGGUAGGAAGCAACCAUCAUCCAAGGGUGCUGGUAACUGUAUGAUUUGUUUCACCUGUUUCUACAUCUUCUGUUUCGCUACCACCUGGGCUCCAAUUCCUUUCGUUGUUAACUCCGAGACUUUCCCAUUGAGAGUUAAAUCCAAGUGUAUGGCCAUUGCUCAAGGUUGCAACUGGUUAUGGGGGUUCUUGAUCUCUUUCUUCACUCCAUUCAUCACCGGUGCCAUCAACUUCUACUACGGUUACGUUUUUAUGGGCUGUCUAUGUUUCUCGUUCUUCUACGUUUUCUUCUUCGUUCCAGAAACCAAGGGGUUGUCUCUAGAAGAGGUCAACACUAUGUGGGAAGAAGGUACUUUGCCAUGGAAGUCUCCAAACUGGGUCCCACCAUCUCAAAGAAACGCUGACUACGACAUUGACGCCAUGAACCAUGACGACAAGCCAAUUUACAAGAGAAUGUUCAGCAGAAACUAA